AUGGGCUGCACCACUUCAGACUACAGGGAAGAGAUCACAUAUGAGGAAGAGGAGGAAGAGUAUGUGGAGGAGGAAACAGAAGAAACUGCAGCCGAGGCAGAAACGGAACCAGAACCUCCCAUCCCGGAGCCUCCCAAGCCUGCCCCUCGGGCUCCUCCCCCAGUUGCUGCCCCUCCUCCUCUCCGUCGAAAAUCUUCUGCUAAUUAUCGAGCCUAUGCCAUCGAGCCACAUGAUAAGAGAAAAUCCAAGAUAACAGCUUCUCGGAAAUUGCAGCUCAAGACACUGAUGCUCCAAGUGGCAAAGCAGGAAAUGGAAAAGGAAGAAGAAGAGCGUGCGCGGGAGAAAGAACGCUACCUUGAGGAACACUGCACUGCCUUAGACUGGACAGGCCUUGGCCUCACAGAGCUGCAGGAGAUGUGCCGAGAGCUCCAUGCACGGAACGACAAGAUUGAUGAGGAGCGUUAUGACAUGGAGGCUCGGGUCAACAAGAGCAUCAAUGAGAUCCAAGAUUUGAACCAGAAGAUCUUUGAUCUGCGAGGCAAGUUUAAGCGCCCGGCUCUUCGCCGUGUGCGUCUCUCAGCCGACGCCAUGAUGCAAGCGCUGCUGGGCUCGAAGCACAAGGUCUCCAUGGAUCUGCGGGCCAACCUAAAACAGGUCAAGAAGGAUGACACCGAGAAGGAGAAUCGAGAGGUGGGUGACUGGAGGAAGAACAUUGAUGCAUUGAGUGGCAUGGAGGGGCGCAAGAAGAAAUUUGAGACCUCGACUGCCGGGCAAGCCUGAACCCUGAGACGAGAUUCCUUGGGUUCUCCCCAAUCCAUGGAUGCUUUGAAAUCUACUUACAAGAAGAUAAAAUGAAGUAUUAUUGGUUCCCCGGUGUGGAUUCCUGUAGCGAAAAGUAGUAGAGCCCUGCUGAAUUAUUGUUCUCCAUCCUGCUCUCCAGGGGUUCCCUCCACUCUUGGGGGAGGGGGGCGGUGGAUCUAGACACCAUAAAAAUAUUUUUUUAAGUCUGCCGUUGUGAACUGAUCCGGGGGUGGGGAUGAGCAGAGCAGUCAACAUUAAAUUAAUUGAGCACAUGUGUGGGUUACUGAUGCACAUGUACAUGUUUCCUACCAGAUAGGGAGAAAAAAUAAAAUAAAUGCUAGUUCAGGGGAGGAAAAUCCUUUUUUAAAAAGCUAAUACGUGAGGGGAAAUUACAAAUAAAAAGUAGAGUUGAAAGGGCAA